AUGACAUCCCAUGUGGUAAGACCUGCCCACUGCGCUAAGGCAAACCUCAGCGCCCCUGGAGUCCGCUGGGGAAAUCGACCGAAUCGUGUUUUUCUGUGUGCAGCGUUCAUGCCGUGCUGUGAUGAUAAGCCUCGCCUCAUUGUUUCUUUGGUGCGGGAGUCGCAGGCUGCAAGCUCCCCGCAUCGGAUGACUGGUAUCUUCGGCAAGCGCAGACUGCUCACGCUCCGGGAGCAAGAAUUCCCAACAUCCGUAGCAGCCCUCUGCCUCCAAUUUGGGCAAAGAACAAAACGCUUCCCCGCCGGCUGA